AGAAUGAAGCAUAAUGGCUGGAUAUGAAGAGAAGUCACUAAUAAUGUCUGAAGAGAAUUCAGGUUGCAACCAGGAGCUGCAUGACAAUCUCCAAAACCCUUUUAUUUGCCCAAAUGACUUUGAAAACAACAAGGAGAAACACUGGAAGUUGAAAGCCUGUGAUAAAAGCACUUUGGCUUCCCGAGAGAAAGCUCAGCUACGCACAAAGAAACAAACCGCCUUAGAAACUGAUAUAUCGGUUGAAGAAUGUCAGAUAUCAACAAAAAGUGAUCACAGCUGGACUCCUCCUGUUCCAAGAAAUUUCUGCAUUGAAAAGGAGUCUUUGCAUAGUUACAUACUUCAGAACAGACAGAUGUUUCGUGAGCAGUUUGCCGCAGAUGUUAAAAAAAAUGUCAUCAAAUCAAUGGAAACAGCAGUUUUAAAAGAAGAGGAAAAUGUAAAGUAUGCUGAAAAAAGACUUGAGGAGCAUGCUGCAUUUUAUGAAGAUUAUCUAGAAAAAAAUAAGAGAAAUAAAGUGGAAGCUUUUAAAAUAGCAAAUCAAGAAAUCAAAGCCAUGCUAGAAACACAUGCAGAAAUACGGGGAAAAAAUGCAGAACUUAUGGCAAUUAAGAGUGACAUUAUGCAAUGUGAAGAGUCAUUAAAGGAAUACAAGCUGUAUGAAGAAUUCCUCAGACUUUUUGCCCCACCUGAAUGGCAAGAAAGUGAAAAUCAAAGGCGAUUAAGUAGGCAACAGGCUAAAAAAGAAGAAAAAGAAAAAAGACUCUCUCUGGUAUUGCCGCCAAUACAAAAGGAAACAAUGAGCAGAAAAUUAAUGAGAAAAUAUAGUUCAAGGAGCCACCAUAACACCCGCAUCUCCAACACCGAGAGACAGCCUCCAAGGACUCCAUAUCAGAUCUUUACAGAUGACACAAAUGAGGAUUUACACACUGAUGAGGAACCAGAGUUGUAUUUUACACAUCCACAGCAACUUCUUCAAUUGUAUGCAGAACUAGAAGAUGAAUAUAUUGCUCUAAGUAGAAACUUUCAGGAAUUUGAUGAAAGUGUCCAAGAACCCCAGGAACAGGUUCUACACAUGCAGGAAAAAAUGAAUAAAACAAUCUAUACUGCCACAAACCGGAAGGCUUUGCUUAUUGAGGCCUGUACCAGAGAAGAGGAAAAAAUCAAAGAUUUAGAACAUAAAGUUGAGAUAUUUUCCUGCAGAGAACAGGACAGAAUGUUAGCAACGCUGAAUACAAAGGUUUCAGAGGUGUACAGAAUAUGCUUUGGGGAUAUGGAAGAUACUCUAAGCACACUGCAUAUGUUAGCAAAUAUUGAGCUCUAUGCGGGGGAACUGUGUGAUAAAUUAGAAUCCAUGCCAAAGGCUACUGUCCAUGCUGAAAAAAAAACCAAACGAAAGGAACGUAUAAUGAGGGCCCAAGAUGAGAAAUGUAGACUACAAAUGCAAACUCAGGAAAUGCACAUACGCCGUGCCAUAGGGAGAGCGAUGACAGAGUCAAAGAAAAAGAUAGGAAGAAAGUUAAUGAAGCGUUCUGAGCCUCCAUCAAGUAAAGUGAUUAGAAGUGAUGUUGCUAAUGCAAAAAUUCUAGAAGAACAACUGUAUUUCUUCUCAUAGGCUACCUAGCAAUUAUUCCAACAAUAAUGGAUGGUUUCAUUACUGACAUUUGUUGUACCUAAAAUAAAGGGCUGUUGUAUGCAAA